AUGGCCGCACAAAUGGCUGCUUUAGCAGCAAAGAUAAUCCCUGGUCCAAGGGUAAUUGUGACAUUUAGCAUAAUCUUUGUAGUUCCUGGGGCAUCUGGUGAUAGUUCAGAUAUAGACGUUGGUCGUUCAACCGCAACUGCCAGGGAUGCUGACUGGCCUACCUUACAAAGUGCUAUUUCUCAGGCAUCUCAAAAUUCCGGUGGACCAAAUAUAAUCAGCACCAAACCCAAGGACAAACCAAAACGCAGAAGCACUGCUUCGGUUGGUUGCCAGGAUGAUGCUGAACGUGGAGAUGUCAAGUCUCAAGUAGUUUCGAGUACCUCACAGAAAAAGAAGUGGGAGCAAGGGAAUAUCGAAUGUAUCUUUCCCAAACCAGUUGGCUUUGAUGGUACUGGACCUUGCCGUGGAGCUCGAUGGAGUAGAACAUCAGAUUUGGCGGAUCAUGAUAAGGAAAAUCAACACAACGGAAAGCUCACCAAUGAUGCUUCUGGCAAUGGCGACAAACCCGGAAACAUUUCAGUCGCAUCUGGUGAUCGAGUUGGUAAUAACUCUCUUCCUGCUAACAGACCUCGGUCAUUUGUGCGAGUUGUCCGUUUGAACAAAACUGGCCGUCCACAGCGCCGACAAACGUCUUCCGUUUCGACGGCAUCAACUUCUACGCGCACAACCACAACUUCUACUUCCUUUAAUGCGGCACACGGGUCUUCGGGUACCCGUUGGAAUCCCAAUGACAUGGGUAGUGUGACUGCUGCCUCAGCUGCUGCGGGUCGUCAAACUCAGGGCCGUCCCGUCAAUACACGCAUCAAUCCCGUGCCUCCUCAUCUUGUGCCAAUCCCACUAUAUGGAUCAGCCCCACAGACGCCCCUGUCACCCACAUUCCCUCCCUUGGGGUAUCAGUUUCUGAUGAUCUAUCCAACUCCGAGCGCCGCCCCUUUGGUCCCUGGAAACGCUACUAACCCUGAUUUUCACCUGCCUGCGAACAAUGCGGAAACAACAGCCCCAACUAACCCAGCCAGUCUCUUGCCAAGUUUAACUCCACCGUUAUCCCAACCAAAGCCCAACAGUGUUAUAACGCCAGGACCUCUAUAUUCUCCAGCUCUUUCGCCUUCCUUCAUACCGUCUACGUUUGCAGCCACUUUGGCGAAUGGAGCGAUAUCACCAAUAUUCCCAGGUUCACCGCUCUUUCAUCUGCCCAAUCUGUGUUUCCUCGCGAACUCUAGCAACGAUCCUGUUAUCCACGUCCGGCAUCAAAUUUUGCAUCAAGUUGAAUUUUAUUUCAGUGCGGAUAAUCUUGCCAGGGAUGUUUAUCUGCGACAACAAAUGGAUCAAGACGGCUGGGUUGCCGUUAGUGUUAUUGCGAAGUUUAACAGAGUCGCAACAUUGUCAUCCGAUCUUAACGAAAUACUAGAAGGCGCUGGAAUCUACUGA